AUGCAAGAAGAAAAAGAAAGAAUAGGGGGAGGAAAAAGAAAAAAAAGAUUUACAAGAAAUCAGGAUGAUAAAAUAAAAUGGAUGAAUGAUUUCAAUAAAGAAAUAGAUAAACUUCUAGAAGAAUUAAAAGAAAAUGACAAUGAUGAAAAUUGUAAAAAGUUUCUUGAGUUCGUUGAUUGUCGUAGGGAAUAUCUAAUGGUUUCGAGCCCUAAUAAUCCAUUUGGAAAUAAUUCUACGUCUAUUGAGGAUAAUAUAAGAAAAGAGUCAAUAAAAAAAUUAUCUAAUAUUACUAAUUGUUACAAUACUUAUAGUAAUAAUAGGGGGAUUACUAUAAUGCUACGUUUGUUCGAUAAAUAUGACAAAGAAAAACGUAAAGAAACAAAAAAAUUCACUAAAAGUGAUGCAAGAUGUGAGAGUUUAUACUUAUGGUUUAUUAGUAGGAAAAUAGAUUUGCAUAAUAUUAUGAAAGGCAUUCCUUUAGAUCAUACAGAUAUUUGGGAUAAGUUGAAAAGUGAAGAGUUGUAUGGAGAGAUACAAAAUUCUAUAAACAAUAGAAUCAAAAAUUGUGUUAUUUCUCAUUUUAAUACUACAAAAUACAAUUAUAUAGGAAAUUGGAUGUAUGCAUUUGGUUAUGAAAGGGAAAUUCAUAAUAUAAAGUUUAAGAGAGGCCUAAUUAAUGUCACAGAAUAUGAUAAUUGGUUAAAUGAGAAGGAAAAGAAUUUUACUGAUCCACAAACAUGGAAUGUAACAGAUAUAAAACCCUUUAAUGAUCAUUGGAAAAUUUUAAAAAAUGAAACACAAGAAUAUAGAAAUAAAAUGGUUGCCAAUCUUAAUUGUUCACUAAUAAAUGAUUUAAAUAAAGCUAUAAUUACUACUCAAAAUUCCUUAUUUACUACAGCAAAAGUAUCUGAAAUUAUGAAUUUUAGCACUAUAUCUAUUGUAAAUGAUACUUCUCUACCUACUAAGUAUGCAUCUAAUAAAUCUCCACCUACCAUUAACCCAAUAACUCCAUCUUCACUUAUUAAAUCCGCGUUUGUUGCAAAAAAGGCAGGAACUAUGUCUGUACCUACAUCAACUGCAGUUACUACAUCUAAACCUACUUCAUCUGUAUUUACUUUAUCCCCAUAUGCUACAUUCACAUAUGUUAAAAAUAAAGCAAAAAAUGAACUUGCAUCUACGUUACCUCCAAAUGCUUUAUCUGCAACUACCUCAUACUCAGCUACUACUUCUAAAGGUAUUUCAUCUACAAAAAUUUCAUUUAGUUCUUUUUCUAAUCAAAUUGUUACAACUCAAGUUCCUGUACUUGAAUCACAUUUAUCUCAUAACAAUAGUACAUCUCAAAAUAUGUCAUACUCGACAACAAAAUCUAAUAUUUUAACUACUCCAAGUACUGUAGAAAAUUUAUCCAGUUCAAUCAGUUUACUUUCUUCUCCUUCCAUAGUUAAAACUAUUAAAGGUACUUCCACAAGUCCCCCAUCUACAUUAAACAAUACACCUGCUUCAGCGACAUCAUUUUCUACAGUUAAUUCAAAUACUCCAUCUACUUUACCAGAAACUACAUUGAUGAUCAGUAGUAGUCCAUCAACUAAUUUCUUUACUGUACAAUCAGAAAUUACAAGCAAAAAUACAUAUAAAUAUAAUAUAAGCGGUACAUUGAAUACAACUACUUCAGUUACAUCUAUUCCACAUGCUCCUACAAUAAUACCUUCGUACAAUGUAGUCCAUGAUAAAAAUCCCGGAGUUACAUUAGUAGUUUUUAGUAUUUCAUUAGGUACAAUAAUUUUUGGAAUAUUUAUUUUUCUUCUUCUCUGUAAAUGUACUCCUAUUGGUUCCUGGAUUGGUAAACGUAAAUCAAAGAAAGGGAAAAUUAACAAAAAAAAAAAAAAAGUACAGUCAAAAGAUGCAUCAACUACUUGUAUAUAUAGUAAAAGAAAAUCAGUAGAAAACAUAAAACACUUAGCAUCAUCUCAUGGGAUACAACUUCCACCAUGUGAAAUCACUUUUGAAAAUGAAAAUGUUGAAGAAAAGGAAAAAUGUAAAGAAAUAGAACUGGAAGGAGUAAGAAAUGAAUUUAUAAUACAAACCAGAGAACAAACAGAAGAAGAAAAAAAUAAGGAAGGAUCUAUAGAUGAUAAGGAAAAAAAAAAAGCAGAUGUGAAAAAGGAAAAGUCGAGGCAUUGGAAUGAAGAAAGGAUAAAAUAUGAAGAUAGUAAUGUAGAAGAUAAAGUAUCCAUAAAUAAAAAAAUGUAUAGAAAGAAGGUAUUUAUAGAAAUAUAUAUGACAAUAUUGGAUGAAUGCCAAAAAGAGGAGUGGGAAUUGCAUAGAGAAGAUUUUUUACGAAUUUGUUUAGAUGAAUGGAAAUAUGAUAAUAUAUUAUAUGAAGAUUUAUUGGAAGACGAAAAUGCAGUUGAAACAAAAAAGGAAGGAUGUAAUAGUAUUUCAUUAGAGGGACAAAAAUUGUUCUGUAAUAAAUAUGUGGGAAGGAACAAAGAAAUAUUAGAAAAAUGGAAAAGGGAGAAGUGGUUUGAAAAUUUGAAGAAGGAAUGGGAAAAAGAACAAGAAGAUUAUGAACAAAAAAGAGAUGGAUUAGAAUUGAUGGAAAUGAAAGAAAAAAAAAACACUAUGAUAGAGAAGCAAAAAAUAAUAUGGAAGCAUUGGUUAAUAAAGCAAAGAAAAUGGUUUAUGGAAUGUUAUAAAGAGAGGUGGUUUAGCGAGUUUUUAAAUCAAUAUGAAAAGGAGGAAUGGGAAUAUAAGAAAGAAUUACCUAAAGAAAAUAUUUUAAAUGUAAAAGAAAUUGAUAGAAAUAUAGAGAAAUUAAAGGAAGAAGAAAAUUAUGAAAUAAUGAACAACAAAAAAAAAUUAAUUAAAAAAUUGUGGAUAGAAAUUCACAUGAUGAUAUUAGAAGAAUGUAAGAAAGAAGAAUGGGAGAGAAACAAAGAUGAAUUUAUUAAAACAAGCAUGAAUGAGUUGAAAAUAGAGAAAAAUUUAGAUGGUAAAACAGAUAUAUUAGAAUACGUAAAUGAGUUUAGCAAUAAUGUUAUAUCAGAGAAGAAAGAUGAUAUAGAAAAAUUGAAAAGAGAAGAAUGGUUUACACAGUUAAAGCUAAAAUGGAAAAAUAACGAAGAGAAAUAUAAAAAAGAAAUAAAUGAAAAAAAAUUGAUAGAAGAAAAUGGAGAAAGAACUAGAAAUCCUAUGUUAGAGAGGCAAAAAAUUAUAUGGAAAAAACAUUGGGAAGAUAUUCAAAAGAAAUGGAGAGAAAAUGGAAAUGAAGAAGAAUGUUUUAUAAUGCUGGAUGAUGAGUUCGAGAAUAAAGAGAAAGAAUAUAAAAAAGAAAUGCAUAAAAUUAUAGAAGAGAAAAAAGAACAUGAACGAACAGAAGAAGAAUGUGAAACAAUAGAUAGCAUUCCAGAAGAGAGAAAAAAAGAGAUUUUUAGAAAAGGAGAAGGAAAAACAAAGAAACAUAAAGUGAGUGAGAUGGCAAAUAUAGAUAAAAAGUUCAAUUAUAUAACCAUGAAAAAAAAGUUGAAAUGGAAGACUAUGUUAGAAAUACAAAUGGUGGUAUUAGAAGAGUGUAAGAAAGAAGAAUGGGAGUCAAAUAAAAAAGAUUUUUUUCAAAUUUGUAUAGAAGAAUGGACAAAUAAAAAGGCACUAUAUGAGGAUAUAUUGAACAAAGAAAAAAUACUUAAUGUAGAUGAAGUAUUCGAUCAAAUUAUGUUAAAGAAACAGACGUCGCUGUGGAAAGAAUGGUCAGAGAGAAACAUGAAGAUGCUAGAAAAGUGGAAAAAGGAAGAAUGGUUUAAUAAAUUGAAGAAAGAAUGGAAAAAUUAUGAAAAAAUCUAUCCAGAAAAAAUAGAAGAAAAAAAGAUAGAAGUAUUAAAAAAUAGAAUAGAAAAUCCUAUGUUAGAGAGACAAAAAAGAAUAUGGAGAGAGUGGUUAAGGCGUCAUUUAGGGAUUAUAGAAGAAUGGAAUAAAGAAAGCUGGUUUGUAGAGGUGUUAAACGAUUAUGAAAAAGAAGAGAAUAAGGAAUUACAAGUAAAAGAAAUAAAAAAUUCGUCAGAGAAAAUUGAAAAAGAUGAAAGAAUAAUAGAUGUUGUAAAGGAACAAUUAGAUGAAACAACGAAGAAAAAGUUGAUAUGUAGAUUAUGGAUAGAAAUACAUAUGGCGAUAAUAGAAGAAUGUAAGAAAGAAGAAUUGGAGUCAAUAAAAGAUGAGUAUCUUAAGUUAUACAUAGAAGAAAAAAAAAAAAAAGAAGAAAUGUAUGAAAAAGGAAUGGAGAAACAGGAAAGGGUUGAUGUAAGUAAAAAAAAUAAAUGGAAUGUUCUGAUAGAAAUGGAAAAAAAAGAGAAAAGCAAAAUGGUUGACAUACAUAAAAAAACAAAAUGGAAUAUUCUGGUGGAGAUGAAAAAAAGACAAUGGAAUAGUUGGAAAAAACAAGAAUGGUUUCAAGAGUGGAAGGAGAACUGGAAAAAAGAAGAGAUGAAGCAUAUGGAAGAAGGAAUUAGAAAUCCAGUACUGGAACAAAAUGUGCUAUGGAAUAAACAAUGGCUAGAAAAGCAAAGAAAUAUUCUAAAAAAAAAUAACAAACAAAAUAGUCCUAACGGAUCUAUGUCACAAAGGUACAAAAAGAAAGAAAAGAUAGAUAAUAUAUCAAGCGAGUUAGACAUUACAAUAUUAUAA